AUGCCUCAGUUUCGCAAUCUACUAGGGCGAAAGCCCGCGGCGCCUGACAACGAGGGCAAAGAAAACAAUGCGACUGCACAGUCGCGUCCAUCUGUCGACAGUCAGCAAAGCGGUCCUUUGAAUUUCCGGAAGAGCAGAGAGGACGUUCCGAAUGAGUAUAAACUGUGUGUGGUCAACGAUAGUGGCAUCUACCUUCCGCCCUCUCCCCCCGAGAAACAGAGCUUCUGGCACAGAUACCCCAAUUCCCCCGCAUCUUCGAAGCAUCGCAACCUCGUCGACGACAACGAGCCAUUCUCGAUUAGUAGAGAAUCUUUCGACUCUUAUCGGCGGUCCUUUGACAUCUCCGCCAAGUCUCCAGUCGCCCAACCCGACGGCCUCCCCUCUCGUACCUCCUUGGACUCUCGUAUUUCUCGACAAAACGGACGCCUUUGUGUUGAAAACACAGUUGAGCGACCUCAGUCCAUGGAAGAAGAGGCAUUUGAGGAGGUAGGGUUAGCUGACGAGGACAUCAAACCGAAGAAGAAAGGCCUUUUUGCUCGCUUUGGAGACAAUUCGUCUGACUCGACUGCCAAUAACAACAGACCACCAUCCAACCACCUAGGCUUCCGUCUCCCAGGCCGGAAGAGAGCCCAAAGUGGCCAAGGCUCAGAGCUUGGGACCUUCAAACCUGAAUCGCCCGUGACAGAAGCCUAG